GUGUGGAUCGUGUACGCCCGCAAGGCCAUCGGCCCAAACUUCUUCUCCACGCGCCUCAAGGCCCCCACCACGCUGCAGGAGCUGCUGGCCAUGCCGCGCUCCGCACCCGUCAAGGCCAGCAGCAGCGCCUGGUGGGCGGUGCCGGGCCCGCUGCAGCCCGCGCACGUCGGCGCCUGGGCGCCCUACAAGCCCGGGGUGGACCCGCUGCUCGCGCUUGGCGGCGGCGGCGGCGCCGAUGCUGGGGCCGCGGGGCAGGAGGCGGGGGGCGAGAGUGCAAGCGAGGAGGGACCAGAGGGGGCAGGGCCGGUGGAGGCCGGGACGGGUGACGCCCGGGAGAGAGUGGAGGGGUCUGGAGAGGCUGAGAACUAUGCGGCGCCCGCGGCGGCUGCGGGGCUAUCCCAUGAGCAGCAGCAUCAGCAGCAGUGA